CUCUCCUGAGCCCUUUUGCCUCCUCCUGGUCCCUGGUUUCUUGGUCCCUGGUUUCUAUCUCGCUUCGACCCAAAGUUCUCCGCUCGUCCCAAAAGUGAGCCCUCCUGUUCCCCUCUUUCCCAUAUCCCCUCCCUGCUUCCCACCGUGCGCUUCCUUCUUCGUCCCGCCUUCGUCUCGCUUCUUUCCUACGCUCUCACCGCUGUGCACCUCCUGCUCCCUCCUUCCGGCCGUCCUUCUCGCCGCACGCUCGCCGGCCAACCGCAGUCGUCCAGCGCACGUUUGCCCUCGUCGCGCGGACCUGCCACUCCGACGGCUACCAGGAGUAGCUGCACGCGCGCACGAGGUGCCCGAGCGCCUGGAGGAGGUCCAGGAAGACACCCGGAGAAGCGGUAACACACACCACUACUGGCGACCGGCGGACCGUGCCGACUGAGCUUUCACUCGUCGAAACCGAUCGAUCGCGCCGUCGAGACCAGCCUCUCUCCCUAUCGAUGGUCGAAACUCGAACAUUUCCCGGUAAUAACCAUAAUUUCGGACGGAGUGCGUCGUUUCGUGAUACUCGUUGACAAUCGCUGCGUCGUUGAAUGCAAGAGGAAAUUGAGGAAUGACAAUUGAAGGAAGAUCGACGUGAAUGGGAGAAAGUGUGUCGAAGGACUGGCAUUGCCGAGAAGAUCUUUCGUAUAGUGGCACGUUGACACUUUGACUCUAGAUGCGCUGUCAAGCACGAACAAACUGCCUCUGUGUUUGGAUCCUAACGAAACUCGAAAUUAGAAUUAAUAGAGAGUUGAGCCACUUUCUUGGAAGAAAAUUUCCAAGAAUUUCGUGUCGACGGGCUCGGAUAGAAACGAUGUUGACGCGUUAACCUCGGGGAUCGGAACGAAGCGACUCGAUGGUGUCUCCGUUCGAAGAUGACAUUUAACGUUCGUCCUACGGGCGAGUUGCGUUGACCGCGAGUCAUUAACGAGACAAUCGACCGUGUCGGGCGAGGGACGACGCGUGCAAACACACAGGACUCAUCCGUGGCUGUCACACGUCGUAGGUGUAUCAUUAUAGAGUCUGGUUUCUCCUUGACGCAUCCGAAACACACUCGCGACGCUCGCGACGAUCGCUUCCUGCGGUCUGAUACAAGUGUCACGGAAGAUCGGUGUCUAAAUUAUGCCGAGGACCAUGGUGUCGCUGUGGAUCGAAACGGAGCUGAAAGAUUGAAAGGACUUCCGCAACGCGCGAAUAGAGGAAGAGUGAACUGUUGGAGGCAACUGUGGUUCCUCCGGAUGAGAAGAGCUGUUUCUUACUGAGGGGAAAAUCAACAGGCUGUCACGGAAAUCCUUGGAUCAAUAUGCCGCAUACAGGUCAAGCAGGAGUCAAUCAAUUGGGUGGUGUGUUCGUUAAUGGGAGGCCAUUGCCCGAUUGCGUUCGACAAAGAAUCGUGCAGCUCGCCUUGGUCGGUGUCAGGCCUUGCGAUAUUUCACGCCAACUUCUCGUCUCUCACGGAUGCGUGUCGAAGAUCCUCACGAGAUUCUACGAAACGGGUAGCAUCCGACCAGGAAGCAUCGGUGGAAGCAAAACCAAACAAGUGGCCACCCCCACAGUUGUGAAGAAGAUUUUACGAAUGAAGCAAGAACAACCGACGAUGUUCGCUUGGGAGAUUCGAGAACAACUGGCGCGGCAAGGAGCUUGCGAUCCUCAGAGCUUGCCCUCGGUUUCCUCGGUGAAUCGAAUUCUACGAGGCGGUGGACUUCAUACAGACCACACGGGGAUCGAGGGUGGUUCGCCGAGCACGUACGCCUCACAGGUUUCCUCAAACGUCGCCAACAGAGACGCGCUCAUGAGAACGGAUUACCAAUUAUUUUAUCCGGGAUCACUGGGACCACUGCACAUCUCCACGACUUCCGGUAAUACCAGCGCGCCAUCUUGGAAUCCAAGUUUCUACUCGUCUCUUUAUCAAGCAACCACGCUGCACUUGCAUCACGGGAUGCAGUCAUUCACAUCGUUAGACGUGGAACGUUUGUCGGAGCAGAGCGGGCCAACGAACCAGGUCGAUUUGAAGUCUAACUCGAGCUCGAUGGCGGGCAGUGACGAUUCUCUGGACAAGAGCGACCUAGACGAGAACACGGAGUCGCAGGAUCACUACAAACCGUUCCAGAACUCGCCUAUAAUCCUAGAACUCGGCCAGAAGAUCGGUAGCGACCGUAGCGCGUUCGUGAGACACAGUACGUCCGGCUCAUCCGGGAGCUUAGAAAAUCGGCAGAGCCCGUCGCCGACAAGCGGCGACAAGCAGAAAGUAGCGUCGUCGCGAGUCUUGGAAACCGGGAACGAGCAGAGCACCAUGGCCAAAGAUGCGGCGGUCGAAGGAAGACCGGCGCAACCUCAGAGGAAAAGGAAUCCCUACUCGAUAGAGGAGCUUCUGAAGAAAGACGAGGGCAAGAGUACCUCGAAGAGGCCGAAAUUGACGAAUCUCGGCGUGGUUCAACCCUGUGGAAUUAUCCUGAACAAAGAAAUCUAAAGGGGUCGCGAGAACCGGACGACGAUAGAAGUGAAGGGGAAGCAAAGAUAAUUUCGAGAUCUGAAGGAUAGAGGCUAAGAUGAUCGUCUGGAUUUGGGAGAAUUUUCGAUAAGGUGGAUUUGAGAAUUGGAGGAUUGUAGAACCUGUCGAAGGUAGAAAGAUGAGAUUAAUUUAAGAUGUGAUGAACAGAGGCUAGAGGAGAAAGGAAGCUGUGUAAUUGGAUGAUUAUGAUACCAAGACGGAGGAAUUGAACCUAGGUUUAUAUUAGAUAUUUAUGGCUCUAUGUUUUUGGGAUUUAUUGAUACAAGCGAUAUACAACGUCAGAAAUUAAGCUGUACCAAUUUGUUGUGACUUUCGAGUAUAUCGUUUAAUAAUAAUGAGGAUAAUGCUUUCUACACUUCUUAGUCGCGUUGUGCAUUAUCAGUUGAAUAGUCUUUAGGAUAUUUUGGUAAAACACAAACGCUGAAAAUGUUUGCACAACUGAGAUACUGAAUAAAGAAGUAUUAGCAAGGCUAAAUAUACCUUUUGUAAUAUGCAGUAAAUUUCUUGAUUUUAUUUUCUCAACACAUCUCAUCUAUUGGAUGUACAAUAUCAAUAAGACGCUGAAAAUAUAGUUUCACUGUAAAUAUCAAAUAUAAACUCGCUAAUCAAUAGGGAACAUCCGUACAUUUUUAAUAAUAAUUCUUUGUCUUCUGAAUUAUAUUGAAAAGUAUAUUUUUAAAAAAUAUAGCAAACAGUGUCCUCUUCCGAAAGCACGAACUUGAGGAAUAAACAAAGGAAUUCGAAAUAGUUUAUUUAGAAAAAUACUUUCUUCUCAGAAUAAUUGUUUAAAAACCACUCGAUCUUCGAAAAAAAAACGCUAGUCUAUUUUUUAACUAAUCUUCUUAGAAAAUUUAUUUAUUAAACUUUGAAAAUAUUGUUUCGCAAGGAUUGAAGUGCGUUCAUUGAAGAAAAGUCCGCAAAGAUGGGUGCAAAGCAAAAUGGAAAUGUAACAUAAUUUACCAAAAAAAGGAGAAGUAGCAAAAAGUCCAAUACUUUAAAAAACUACUUUGUAAAGGAAUAAAAGCAAAAAGAAAAAAAAACAGACAAUGAUAAAAUUAGUACAGCUUUUAUCGAUGUGCGAAAAUCUCGAAAAUUAAAGCGAUCGUCGUUGUACUACCGACACAGAGGGAAAAAAGUAUAAAUUAUAUGUAACAUUAGUAUGAACCGUCGAUUAUGUAUUGUUGACUGCAAUAUCGUAGGUUAAACGUAAGUCUGUUAAGCUAAUUUAUAAUUAAAUUAUUUUCAUUCAUUCUUCUGCGUUCGACAAAUACAAUCUAAAAAAAAAAAAACAUAUCGAUGUAAGUGUUUUGCGAGUUUUGAUGAUUUUCAGCAGGAUCAGUUUCGUAGAUCUUUGAAUACUGAGGUUUUUCUGUCGUGUAAUUUGUGUGUGGUAACGAUUGCGUUUUGCGAGCGGGACGAUGCCAUAUUAUUAUG